AUGGCCGUGUGUGCCAAGUGUCGUCGGUGCCUGCCCAGCGCCGGUGACACUUGGUGCUUGGGGUGCAGUGGGUGGGAAGCCCUAGGUGCGGAGUUGGGAUUCGCGUGGUCCCAUCCAGGUCUCCGUGUGGUGGCCCACGAUAUCGUGGUCAGCGCGGUCAGGCAGAUUCGUGCUCUCCGAGUGACCCGAGCUGUCGUGCCUGGCUCUCAGGCUGCCAGAGGGUCCGAGAGGCCGAGAACUCCUGAGAGGGGACCCCGGGCUGGAACACAACCCGAGCCCAGGGAACCUAGGGCUCCCACUUUACCUCGAUCGCGUGUUGAGGCUGACGAGCACUUGGAGGAGAAGCAGAGGCGUGAGGAGGAGAGCUCCUACCUUUCAGAGGAGGAAGAUUCUGGGGCUGUGUCUGAGGCGACCAUCAUCCAAGACAAGGCCAAGAUCAUAUCAGCCGAAGGACUGUCAGCCAAAGCUGCACCAGCCCCCAAGUCAGCCGUGAAGAGCGAGGAGAUCGAGAUUGAGGAGAAGAAGGAAAGUGCAGGAAACGAGGCUGGUCCAGAGACCGUGCCUGAAGUUGGUGAGAGAGCAACAUCUUCGAAGGGACCCAGACCUCAAGAACGUCAUCAACGUCGACAUCGACGAGGCCGCGAAGGUCAGCGGAAGGAGAAGAAGAAAAGGAAGCGAGACCCUACACACAGGGCAGGACGGAAGCACCCGAGGUUGUACCGGGCAGACGCCAACCCUUUUGCCAAGGUUCAUCGCAGGUUGGAUAGCUCGUAUUUGGACUUUGAUCCAAAUGCCCCAGCAGAAGAAGCUAUUCCUGGCUCGCCACCCCGGGAAGAGCCGGAGCGGCUUACAGAGGGCGGAGUUUUUGGCACCUACGAUGUCAGGGACUUCGAAAGACGGCACUUGUGGUCUCCUCUGCCAGGCCGUGUCAUUUUGACCAGCGUGCCAGGUUGGUUCUAUCGCCGCGCUGGUGCUCGUCGCAUUUGUCUGAACGAGGGGCCGUGCGUGGUGGAAGGCGGUGUUUUCCGGGUGCGUCAGCGGGAAGUUCGGGAUGGACCCGAAUUUCCGGCUCACUGCCUUUCAGAAUUUGGACGCGAGAUGUUGAAGCAACUCCAGGGCUCAGGAGGAGCAACACGGGAUGCAAGUCCCCCUACCGAGGAGAUGGAGGAGGACGAUGCAAAGCCUGUGGAAAGACUUUGUGCCGAGGAGGUCGUGGCCACAGGGUCGACCAAGCGGAAGCGAGAGCGUGUGAGCGUAGGGUGCUUAAGUGCCCCUGCCUCCGCUCGCUUGGCGGCGGUAAGGCUGCCAGUUGUGAUGAAUGGCCACGCCGAGCCUGGGUCCCUACGGGGCCGGCUGGUAAGGCUGCAGCAAAGGCAACAGUGUUUGGGGCCUGGUCGACGGGCCGAGAUAGGACCAGUUGAGGACUGGUGCGAAGAUUGGGACUAUGAGGACCCUGGCUGGCGCUCGCCGAGUAAGGUGUGUGUGUCGGGGUCCAGGGCCACGGCUGCGCAGCGGGACCUGAUGCAAGCGAUCAAGCAGUCCGUGACCAGGAUGUUGAAAGAUGACUGCAAGGUAGUAUGGGGUAUUGAUGAAAUCAGGGAUGAUUUCCAGAAGCGGUCUGUGUCUUACACUGGAGAGGAAAUUUGCAAAGCCGAGGCCCUGAGCCUAAGUAGAAUUCAACCAGGACUCCCGCCAGAGGGGCAUGGUGCUUCCGUGUCAACAGUUGAAUGGGUAGGGGGAAGGACCCGGGAGCUGCUGUUGGAUCCUUUUGGCUGUCUCAAUCCCGACGUAGGCCAACCCCUACCAAAACUUCAGAGCAAGGUGCACAUUGUCGCUGAAGAGCGACUGGAGGUGGCUCAGGAGCUGGUGCGGCGAGGAAUUUGCCGUUGGACUCAUGCGUCACAAGUUGCGGUGUAUCGUGGCGAGCGCAUCCUGAACGGAAUGUUUGGAGUAGCUAAAUCUAAGCUAACUGCAAAAGGGGAGACGGUUCUUCGAGUGAUCAUGAACCUGGUCCCGGUGAAUUCCGUGCUCCGUGUCAUUCCGGGCAGAGUGGCUAAACUUCCAAAUAUUGCACAGUGGCUCAAUGUGGUGCUGGACGACAAUGAGACCGUGCGUAUCGCCCAGUCUGACAUGGCAUGUGCUUUCUACUUGUUUGAGAUGCCGUUGGAAUGGAGCCGCCUGUUGUGCUUCAAUCUAGGGUUUGACUCUGCUACGUUAGGUUUGGAGGCCCUUGACGCUCAGGAAGACUUGUGGUACUUGUCUUGUUGUGUGCUCCCCAUGGGCUGGAGCUCAGCAGUGGGAAUUAUGCAAGAAAUUGCUGAAGCUGUCCUGCUUUCGGGGGGCCUGAGUGCAGAGUCCCAGAUCCACAAAACUGCGGUAUUGCCUAGCUGGAUUGUCAAUAGCAAAGCUGAAGGUUCUCUUUGUGGUAAACCCUGGUGGCACGUGUACCUGGACAACUUUGCUGGGGGAGCUAAGGUAACUGACGGCGACUGUGAGGAGCUGAUUAGGUUGCAAAAGCAUGCUGAACUUCUCUGGAGUGAAGCAGGCAUUGUAGUCUCCCCUGGGAAGUCCGUGGUGGCCGCCGAGAGUGGUGUUGAAUUGGGCGCAUUCAUAGGCGCCGCCAGAUGCUAUGACGUGGCUGGAGUCAAAGUCCGCGCCUUCUUAGCCUGUGAUAUCCACAAACCCAGCAAUCGAACCACUGCUCGCAGAUGGCCAGACACUAUUUUUUGGGAAGAUGUUAGGACUCUUACCAAAGAGAAACUGCGGGAGCUACUAGAGCACGUGGAGGAUUUUGAGGAGAUCCAUGCCUGGGCAGGUUUCCCCUGUGUUGACUUGAGCAGUGUUCGAGCCAACCGGAUGAACCUAGAGGGAAAAUCCAGUGGGCUGAUCCGAGAGGCUCACGCUGUAUUUCAGGCUUGCCGUGAGCUCUUCCCCGAGGUAUACUCAAACGGCUUGCCAAUGUAG